GGAGCCUGGUAUUUUCCAAAUAUAUCCUCAAAAAGUUUGGUUUUGCUUUCUGUUUUGUACAGUAAUCACUUCUAAACAAGGAAGAAAGGUGUAGCUUGAUUUGCAAAGUUUCAGUGUAGCAUGGUAAAUUCCUGUUAUCUUUCUCUUACCGUGGUUAGUUCAACUAUAACUACUGCUCUCACUAAGGAGUGAUGUAUAAACCGAGUUGUUUCUUUAAAGUACAGUUUGCCAGUAAAAGUCAUCAAAUACAAAUUUUAAGGCACUAAGAAUGGCAGAGGCAGAGGAAAUAUCCUGUAACAAGAGCUUGAUAUGCCCCCUGUGCCUGGAUAUUUUUGACAAGGCAACACUCCUCUUUUGUGGACACACCUUCUGCAAGGCAUGUCUUCAAAACCUGGACAAUACCAAACGAAAGAAUCCAAACCACCUGACUUGCCCUGUCUGCAGGAGAAAGUGCAUGCUUGGGAUGAGCAAAGUUAAUGGCCUUCCACCAAACAAUACUGUCAACUCCCUUGUGGAUGACUAUAAAAACCACAAGUCCCUGUCUGCUUCCUCCUUUCUGGUACAUUCCUCAGUUGAGAAAUGCCAACAAGACACAAGGACAAAACCUGUCCCAGCAAUUCGCAAGAUGAGAGUAGGAGUGCCCUCAUCCGGUUCAGAACAACCAUCAUCUAUUCCUCCAAGGGUACCAGACAGACCACGCAGAUCAGUGGACAAAAAUAGGACUGAUUUGGCGGUUUACGCAAGCUCUUCUCUAGGGAACUAUGAAGUUCCAUCCCAUUUUCUGGAGCCACCCCGAAAAGUUCCCUUGAUCAUCCUCAAAGUGGUAGAUCUUCCAGCCGGGAUACGGGACAUGGCAUUGUUUGCUGCUGAGACAGUUUUAAUUGUUUACGGGAGCAGUCUUCAUGGAGCACAACUGUACAAGUCAACAGGUGAUCAUAGAGAACACUUCCACAACCUAGGAGCCAUCCGCAGUGUCGCCAUCUUGACCGAUGGCACAGCCGUUAUUUCCCUCGGUAAAGAGGGAAUCCAAGAGUGCAACAUCGAUGGCAAGCUAACAGCCCGUCAGUUUCGGUACAAGAACUUCACAAAGUAUUAUUAUGUAUGCUGUGAUCAUUGCAAUAAUCUCUAUGCUGUCAAUGGCAACCCAGAAAUCUACUCCUUUGUCUUGGGAAAGGAUGCACCUGAGCGAGUCAUUCCCACCGGAAAGAUGAUCCCUUCACAGGUAUGUGUGGCCAAGUCAGGUGCCAUCAUUGUAAGCUCAGGUACAACAACGCUUAGCAUUGUAGCCAUCUUUGAUAAGAAUGGCUGUAUCGGAAGUUGCGUCAACUCCCUGGAGAAUGAGGAGUUCCUCUAUGCAGCGGUGGAUCCUCUUGACCAUGUCUUUGUGGCAAGGGUGAGGCCAAGGUCUGGUCUUAUGUUACUAUCAAGGUACAAGCUCAGAGGAACCCAACUAACGGACUUCACUCAAUACAUGGCACUCAAUAUCGUACCCACCACUGAAACAUGGUGCAAGCUUGUGUGUCUAUCUCCUAAACUUCUAGCGUUUGCCUCUAUGACCAAGAAAUUAUACUUCAUUAAAAUCUAAAGAAACAGAAAAAUGCUCCAUGACCAAGAAACUGGUAUUUCAAUGGACAUCUAAAGAAUCAGCUUUAAGCAUCGCUCUAUGUCCAUACAACCCAACGUAAUCUACAUUUAUAGAAUCUACAAUGAAGAUUGUGCUACUUCCAUGACCAAGAAAACAUUCCAUGAACCUUGUCAGUAUUGACAAGUCAUCAAUGGCAUGUUCAAGCGAAAUGCCAGCAAGGCUUCUUGGCUUGUCCAACAUGCACUUACAGGUGACGACCAUUAUUAACAGUCAGAGACCCAGAGUCCCAUUGCAUAAAGACUUGUUAUAAUAACAAAUGUAGAAUUUCUAUUACAAGUUUACUAUCAGCAAAUCAGGUCUGUCAAACCAUGGCUUAAGAUGUCCUAUUGAUUAGCCACAAUGCUCCUUUCACUGGCCUGGGAUAUAUUGUGUGCUCUUUUUAAAUUUUCCCCAUUUGUGCUGUAAUAUAAAAUGUGCUCUUUUGAACAGUGGCUAAGCUUGCCCCCAAAAUAUUGAUAUUAAGGCCUGUUAGUUGUGGUGAAAAUGUUAAAAAUCUAAUAUUUAUCAUUCAAUGUUAUACCAAUGCUCUUUCAAAGCAUUGAUACUUGUUCUCAUUUUUUAAAGUUCAUGGUCAUCUCAUAGACCAAAUAAGUUUCUGCAAAACUAUGCUAAGAUUUGCUCUUUAUAAAUACAAUCAUAAUCGAUUAUCGUUUUAAUACACUUUAUAUAAUCAGCUGAUUUGUUCUGUACAAUCCAGUUACAAUCUUUACAAUUUGUUAUCUUUCAAAAUGAAGUCAGGUUGGUUUUGAUAAAAGCAGGAAAAAAAGUUAUGGGAACAUAUUAAUGAAAAUUUUGCAAAAAUGCACUGGAGAAUGACAAAGUUGUGGAUUUUUCAACUUUAUAUCUUAUCAAUCUCUUUCUACCAUUUUCCUGCAAUAAUACUUAUUACAAAUACGGCACUUUUCACAUGAGGCCAAAGCACUUACAAUGAAAAUAAUCAAAAGAAAUUAUUUAAUGCUAAAACUAUAAAACUACAAACUACGAAAGAGGGGUUGUUAAUGCCUUUCUGAAAAUUGCUAUUGAUGGAGACUGUCUUAUUAUAUAAAAAAACAAAUUGAUUUCAGGGUGAACUUCCCCUUGGGGAAAGCUUGCGCAUUUGAGAUCCUUUUUUAAAAAUUAAUAAAAGGUAUUAAAUGUUAUUCAAUUUCCAAUUUAAAUUCAUUAUAAGAAAUUGUUGUUGCUCAUGCAAUUUUACACAUUCACUCCAUGAGGUGGAUAAUUUACCAGCAAUAUCUUUGUUCCAAAAAGUUAUAACUAUUGAUUUUCAUCCAGGAUUGGUUUUAAUGUCUUGUUUAAUGCAAAUGGAUUGAUUCAACUGUAACUUGUUGGAUUCGACUUGAUUUGAUCAAAUUCAAUCAAAAAUAUCCAAUCCAACUCAAUAUUCAGUCUUCAUAGCACCUUUUCCUUUCUGUUACAAAGCGCUGCGCAUACACUUCUCCAUUGAUAAUUCUAUCUUACUGGGUAGACUUGGAAUAUAAAUGCAAGUAUACUGAUCUAAAGAUAAUAUUGCAGAUACAAGGAAAUAUUACAUUAAGGACCAGAUGCCUGUGAUCUUAAAAUAAACAUUUUUCAAGUACUUCCUACUUUGAAGUGCAUUGUGUUGCCCCCAUUAAAACAAUAAGUGUAAGAGUGGCAAUGCUUAAAGGGGAUGACUACUUAAGAUAACAGGUAUUAAAAAGAAGAUAACAAAUGAGAGCAAUAGCAAAAUGAAUAUUUGAGCUAUCAUGAUACAGAAAAUAAGAGAUAUUACUUAAUUGUGAAUUACUCCAUUUUAGCUGAAAUUGGGGUUGUUUCAUGUUCAGUGUUGGCAACUGGUUUUGGUAUUGAAUGAAAUUUGCUGCCAAACAUCAUUUGGCGAACAUGGUUGGUUUGAAGCAGAAAGUGUCAUUUUAUGGCAAUAUGUGAUGGCUGCUAACUGGUGUUAAUAGGAAAAUUCAAACAAGUGGUAAUUCAAACCAGUUACCAAUUGCUCUAGUUAAAACCAAUAUCAUUGGAACCAUUUGUUCCAUUUUCCCUAAUAAAACCAGAUGAAAUC